AUGGAUUAUCUAAGACAAAAAGUAUCAGGCAAAAAAAAUCGUUUAAAAGAAGGCAAUUUUAAUUUAGAUUUAACUUACAUCACAUAAAGAAUAAUAGCAAUGAGUUUACCUGGAGAAGGUUUUGAAGGACUAUAUCGUAAUCCUAUAGAUUAAGUAAAAAUUAUCAUUAUUAAGAGGUAGCUUAAUACUUGAAUGAAAGACAUAAGGAAGAUUAUUUCAUUUUUAAUCUGAGUGGAAAAAGUUAUGAUGAAUCAAAAUUUAAAGGAUUAAUUUUUAAAGAUUAUUUUUGGAAAGAUCAUCAUUCUCCCUCUUUAAAUGUCUUAUUUGACAUUUGUUUAUAAAUUCAUAAUAUAUUGAAGGGUUAUUAAUUCAAUUAUGAAAUUAGCCAAUGAUGAAAAUGUAGUAGUAAUCCAUUGUUUAGCUGGUAAAGGGAGAACUGGAACAGUUAUUUGCUGUUAUUUAUUAUAUUCUGGUAGAUUUAAUAAUGUUAAUGAUGCUCUUAAUUAUUAUGGAAAAAAAAGAUUUCAUGGAGAAGGUUUAAGUGUAAAUUAGCCAUGCUAAAUUAAAUAUAUUGAAUAUUUCUAUAAUUUACUUAACAUGAAUACAAGAGUAUUCCCAAAUCUCAUCUAAAUUUAAUCAAUAUCUUUUUAUGGAAAGUACUAUUAAUAUAAUAAUUAAUAGAUCACCUUAAAUCAAUAUUAAUGGAUAAUGUUAUCCAUUCAUAGAAAUUAUUGAUGUUAAAAAAGAUUCUGUAUUAUAUUCUACAAAAUAAAUCUCUAAAAAAUAUGAAGGCUAGAGUCAUCAUAUCAUAUUACCAGUAUAAAUUCCAUUAGUAGCUGAUAUUCUUAUUAAUGUUAAGAAUUAUGGUGCAUUAAAAGAUUCAAAAAUGUUUAGAUUUUCUUUUAAUACAGCUUUCAUUGAAAAGUAUGUUUAUGAAUUCAUAUAGACAUAUUACCUAUUAAAUAAAUGAAUUAGAUCCAUCAUAAAUAUAAGAUGAUUCUCGAUUUGAUAAAAAAUUUAGAGUUGAAGUAAUUUUAUAUUUAAUUUUAGUUAGAGAUUGAGGAAUGUAGAUUGUGCUCUAAUUUAAAUUCAUUUGAAAAGAAAUGUGAAUUGUGUAAACCACAUUUAAGUGGACAUCAAGAAACCUGGGGUAGAAUAAAUGAAAUAAUUAACAGAUAUGUUAAACCUACUGAUAUUUAAACAACUUAAUUACUAUUUAGAACUAAAGAAAAUGAUGAUGUAGAAUCCAUAUUGAAAGAUUAAGUUUUAGAAUUAACUAAUUCAUAAAUUUUUAAAGUUUAGUUACAUGAUCAAUAAUAAUGA